AUGAGCGCUUCCUCAGCUGCUGCCACCAAAGCUUCUCGCUCUUGGUCUGUUAGUGAGGAUUCACUGAGGAGGUAUGUAUCUUAUGCAAGCGAGAGCUGCAUUCAGGAGCUGCUAUCUGCCUCAGACUCGAGCCGACCUGGAUAUGAAGAUGGAUGGAAAGUGUUGGCAUUUGAGAACGGUGUCGAGAUAUCAAAGCGGUGCUCGGGCUCACUGCAUGUCUUCCGUAGCAGGUGGCUGCUCCGUCCGGUCUCGCCGCAGCAGUUCAUCACCGUCGCCAACGCCAUUGACGCUGCUAAGCAAUGGGAUCCUGAUCUAGUGGAGGCUAAAUACAUAAAGGACCUUAACGAUAACCUCAGCAUUAUUUGCCUCAGGUUUGGCGAUGCCUCAAAGCCACUCUUCAAGAACAGAGAAUUUAUAGUCUACGAACGACGUGAGACGAUGGAUGAUGGAACUCUUGUGGUUGCUGUGGCAUCUCUACCGAAGGAGAUCGCUGCAGGGUUGCAGCCUAAGAAGAACAAUGCAAUUCGAGGGCUGUUGCUGCAGUCUGGAUGGGUGGUUGAGAAGCUUGAGGAUGACUCCUGCAUGGUGACCUACGUCGUUCAGUUAGAUCCGGCUGGAUGGUUGCCCAAAUGUUUUGUGAAUAGACUCAAUACGAAGCUGGUCAUGAGCACUGAAAAUCUUAAGAUGCUAGCACAAACUUGUCCCAUGAGUGGUGCGAUUUGAAUGCUUUACUAGAGAAAAAAAAAGAGGAGUAUAAAAGUAAUAUAUAUGAGUAAUCAAAUAUAUAUAUGAGACCGUCAUGGAAAAUAACCUAUUUCUUCAACUUGGACUCUUCUUUU